CACAUCUACACGGAAACCAGCACUCCGCCAUGUGCAAGACCCCUCGGAGCUACACCAGGCUGAGUGCCCUGCACACAGAGGCCUGCAGCUGUGUUGUGCAGAGGUUAGAGCUGAAAUGACCUUUUCCUGAGAAGCCUCACCGCUGUAGGAGGACGGGCCUGACCUUCCUGGCCUGCACAGGUCUGCGCCCCUUGAGGACUCCCAGGUUAGUCCUUGGACUGAAAGAGUGACCCGAGAGUCACUGGUGCAUGUGCUGGGAGCUCCCAAUGCAUCCCCCCCACCUGUCCCAAUGGAUCUAUCAGGAGCCCUGUUUACAGAUAAGGAAACUGAGGCCUCUCAGUAAGGGCAGUGCUGUGCAGGUGUGAAACCUAGACAAGGAUGAGACUGGGCUUGUGGAACAAGGAGGCUCGGAGACAAGCAUGUGCUGAAAACAAUGAACAAGGACAAGAGGAAGAGCAGCGCCGGGCACUGUGGUGCCUGCCUGGCCCUGGGCGGGACGACCAUCAGCUGUGGGGACUGAGCCAGUCAGGAAGGAAGCAGGACACGAGGACCUUCAUUCAUCCCUUACAUUUCUCCCCGUGUGCUGCCUUCUCUUUUCUGCAGCUAUUGUGGGUCUUGGUAGGUGACAAGGGGCCCAUUGUCUGAGGAGGGAGACAGGGGCAUGAGACUGCCACGGUUGGAUACGGCUGGCUGCAAGGACAGCGCAGGGAAGGCCCUGUGUGAAAUGGGGGCCGCCACGUCUGGGCCUGGGGACAAGCUGCCUGAUGCCUGGUGACACGAACUUGCACCCGUGGUGCCUCUGUCCCCACACGUAAGACGAACACGUGAGCUUCCCCACUCCCUCCUUCUGAGCUUGCCGCCUGCUGUACCUCCUCCAUGGCUCUACUUUGAACCUGCUGGGCAAGGAAAAGAUUUUCAAGGAAACCAUCUGCCGUGUGCGAGCCCUGCCGGCCAAUCCCAGACCCCAGCGUGGAGCCAGGCGCCUGUGCCCGCCAACCCUCAGCACCCUCCUCGGGGAGGCUGGUGGCAUCAGGAAGCCCCUGGCCAGCCUCCACCUGAGCCCAGUGACCUCAGCUUUAAGGAUGGAGUCAGGCAGGGGGUCCCCAACCCCUCCAGGUCCCAUUGCUGCCCUCGGGGUGCCAGAUACUGGACCUGGCAGUUCCUCCCUGGGGAAGCUCCAAGCGCUCCCUGUGGGGCCCAGGGCCCACUGUGGGGAUCCCGGCAGCCCAGCUGCAGCAGGGGACGGCUCUCUAGACACGGGCCCCACGGGAGAGCAGAGUGGCAGCUUAAAGAUCCCCAACCGGGACAGCGGGAUCGACAGUCCAUCCUCCAGUGUGGCUGGAGAGAACUUCCCCUGCGAGGAGGGCUUGGAGGCUGGCCCAAGCCCCACUGUGCUGGGGGCACAACCAGAGAUGACCCUGGACAGCCAAGUCCCGAAGGUCACCCCCCUGGAGGAGGCCGACAGCGACGUGGGUGAGGAACCUGACCCCGAGAACACCCCCCAGAAGGCUGAUGAGGAUGCCGGCCUGGCCCAGCACUCUGGCCCCCAGAAGCUUCUCCACAUUGCCCAGGAGCUCCUGCACACCGAGGAGACCUAUGUGAGGCGGCUGCACCUGCUGGACCAGGUUUUCUGCACCAGGCUGACGGAUGCGGGGAUCCCGCCAGAAGUCAUCACGGGCAUAUUCUCUAACAUCUCUUCCAUCCACCGCUUCCACGGGCAGUUCCUGCUGCCGGAGCUGAAGACGCGGAUCACGGAGGAGUGGGACACAAACCCGCGGCUCGGGGACAUCCUGCAGAAGCUGGCCCCAUUCCUAAAGAUGUACGGCGAGUACGUUAAGAACUUUGACCGAGCCGUGGGGCUGGUGAGCACAUGGACCCAGCGCUCCCCACUGUUUAAAGACAUCAUCCACAGCAUCCAGAAGCAGGAGGUGUGUGGAAACCUGACGCUGCAGCACCACAUGCUGGAGCCCGUGCAGAGGGUCCCCCGGUAUGAGCUGCUGCUCAAGGACUAUCUGAAGAGGCUCCCGCAGGAUGCCCCAGACCGGAAGGACGCGGAGAGGUCCUUGGAGCUCAUCUCCACAGCCGCCAACCACUCCAAUGCCGCCAUUCGGAAAGUGGAGAAAAUGCACAAGCUCUUGGAGGUGUAUGAGCAGCUGGGUGGGGAAGAGGACAUUGUCAACCCGGCCAAUGAGCUGAUCAAGGAGGGCCAAAUCCAGAAGCUGUCAGCCAAGAACGGCACUGCCCAGGACCGCCACCUCUUCCUGUUCAACAGCAUGAUCCUUUACUGCGUGCCCAAGCUGCGGCUCAUGGGCCAGAAGUUCAGCGUCCGGGAGAAGAUGGACAUCUCAGGCCUCCAGGUGCAGGAUAUCGUCAAGCCAAACACAGCACAUACAUUCAUCAUAACGGGAAGAAAACGGUCCCUGGAGCUGCAGACGCGGACAGAGGAAGAGAAGAAAGAAUGGAUUCAGAUCAUCCAGGCCACCAUCGAGAAGCACAAGCAGAACAGUGAGACCUUCAAGGCUUUCAGUGGCGCUUUCAGCCAGGAUGAGGACCCUAGCCUCUCUCCAGACGUGCCUAUCACGAGCACCAGCCCUCUGGAGCCCGUGGUGACCACCGAAGGCAGUUCGGGUGCAGCAGGGCUCGAGCCCAGAAAACUAUCCUCUAAGACCAGACGUGACAAGGAGAAGCAGAGCUGUAAGAGCUGUGGUGAGACCUUCAACUCCAUCACGAAGAGGAGGCAUCACUGCAAGCUAUGCGGGGCGGUCAUCUGUGGGAAGUGCUCCGAGUUCAAGGCCGAGAACAGCCGGCAGAGCCGGGUCUGCAGAGAGUGUUUCCUGACACAGCCAGUGGCCCCCGAGAGCCCCAGCUCCGAGGCUCCGGCCGAGCCCAAGCAGAGCACAGAGAAGACACCCGCUGCAGACUCCCAACCCAGCCUGCUCUGCGGCCCCCUGCGGCUGUCAGACGGCGGUGAGACCUGGAGUGAGGUGUGGGCCGCCAUCCCCACGUCGGAUCCCCAGGUGCUGCACCUGCAGGGAGGCAGCCAGGACAGCCGGCUUCCCGCACCAUCCCUCUCCCCGGCUGCAAACUGAGUGUGCCGGACCCUGAGGAGAGGCUGGACUCCGGGCUCGUGUGGAAGCUGCAGUGGGCCAAGCAAUCCUGGUACCUGAGCGCCCCCUCCGCAGAGCUGCAGCAGCGAUGGCUGGAGACCCUGAGCACUGCUGCCCGUGGGGACACAGCCCAGGACAGCCCGGGGACCCUGCAGCCUCAGGUCCCUAUGGGCACAGCUGCUCUGUGAGCUGAGUCUCCCGCUGCCCUGCACACCACCACAUUGGGCCUGUGCUUUCCUGGGAGAUGGCGUCGGAGGCCAGAUGAAGACCGCCCUGGACUGCUGAGGGUGGGCCAAUGGCCCAGAACUCAGGACACUUGGCUUUGGAGGGAAGGAAACUGAGGCCCAGAGAGAGGGCCACUGGCCAAGGGUCAGCCAGCAAGUCUUGGCUAAAAGCCUGGCCUCCAGCCCCAACAGUGUGGCCCAGAGCAGGGGCCGACUGCCAAAGUAACCAUCAUCCAUACGGGUCGUGUGGUGAUGCUGGCCCAGAAGGCAGAAGGAGGCAGCAUGGGCACUGCCAGGGACAGCCACAUCCGGCCGGUCUGCAGUGUGGUUCACCCCCGCCUCUGCCCAGCCUGUCUACACCGUGUGAGCUGAAUCAUGACUUGCUUCUCACCUCCCUUCUCUGUCCUCUCCUGAGGUCCUGCCUCCAGCCCCCAGGAGGUGGACCUGCCGCGUCCUAGUGGGACUCAUGGUUCCUAAACAACUGCACUCGGAAGCUCUGCUAGGACUUACCCCAGCCACUGAGUGGCAGAUGCAUGAGAUUUGUGGCUGUUCCUGAUGCUGGUGGCACACAGUGCUUAUCUGCAUAAAUAAACACUGGCCACCGGCAGUG